CAGGCCUCUGUGACCAGCUGGAGGCGCUGAGGGUCCGAGUGCUGCCCACCAGGGAGCUCUGUGCCCUGCAGGAGCAAACCCUGAAUCGCUCACUACAGGCUCCAGGGAGGGCACGUGACCGCCGGGCCAUUCUGUGAAUCGCUGAAUUAACCAAGGUAUUUUAUGAAAUACUGAGGAGGCAGGGGUGGGGGGAAGUCGGGAAACCAUCAGGAUUUCUUAGCCAAUUGUUGCAAACAUGUAGUACUAAUUGUGAAUGCCACAAAAAUGCUUAAUUAAUUUGGUAAGUUCUUUCCUAGCAUUCUGUUUUUUCACCGCAGUGACGGCCGCCAAGGUGACUGUGAACGGCGUGCGGCUGCACUACCAGCGGACCGGCGACGGCGAGCACGCGGUCCUGCUGCUCCCAGGGAUGCUGGGAAGUGGUGAGAGUGACUUUGGCCCGCAGCUGAAGAACUUCAACAAGAAGCUGUUCACGCUGGUGGCCUGGGACCCCCGGGGCUACGGACACUCCAGACCCCCGGAGCGAGAUUUCCCGGUGGAUUUUUUUGAAAGGGACGCCAGAGACGCCGUGGAUCUGAUGAAGACGCUGCAGUUUAAGAAGGUGUCCCUGCUGGGCUGGAGUGACGGCGGCAUAACCGCCGUGGUGGCCGCCGCCAGGUACCCGUCCUACAUCCGCAAGAUGGUGAUCUGGGGGGCCAACGCCUACGUCACAGACGAGGACGCCAGAAUUUAUGAGGGUAUCCGGGAUGUCUCUAAGUGGAGUGAGAAAGUAAGGCAGCCGCUGGAGGCCCUGUACGGCUAUGACUACCUUGCCAAAACCUGUGACCAGUGGGUGGACGGUAUACUGCAGUUCAAACGCUUCCCAGAGGGCAGCAUCUGUCGGCAGCUGCUGCCCCGCGUGCAGUGCCCCACCCUGAUCGUGCACGGCGAGAAGGACCCACUGGUCCCGCGUUUCCACGCUGACUUCCUGCAGGAGCACAUUAAAGGGUCACGGCUGCACCUGAUGCCGGAGGGCAAACACAACCUGCACUUGCGCUUUGCCACUGAAUUCAACAAGUUAGCAGAAGACUUCCUGCGGUGACUCACCCGAGCCUCGGGGCUCCUGGGUGUGGUGCCCCAUCACAUCACAUCGCUGCCCCUGUCAGCUCACCCAUCUUCUGUCCCUUCCCCCCCCCCCCCCGGCUCUGAUCAAACUGAAGCCACAAUGACAGCCCCUAAAUCACAAGGCUGCAAAAAAUGAAACCAGCAGUCUUUAACACU